AUGGCAGCUGUGCUUGCUAUCUGCAGGGUCUUGGGAAGGAAGAAGUCGACACGCCUGGGAAUGGCUGCGUUCAACCUUGCAGAUCCUGGAGCUCACACCACGCUGUGGAGAAGAGUGAGGAAUGUUGCAAUGGAAAAUCCUUUAUAGGAGACACUUGAGAAGUGCAUCUUGUGUAGGAAGUGUGUAGAUUAUAACAAUGUACAGCUUUUUUAUGCCUUUGUGGGAAGAUGCAGAAAGAAAUCACAAAAACAUUUAAGACAGUCCAAUAAUUGA